AGAGGAGGAGUUACAACAGCGUGAACAAAAGCACCAGCGGUUGACAGGUGAGAGAUGGAAAGUUCAUCUGUGGAUGAAGAAGAGGAUUGCCCUGAAUUGAUUCCCAUAAGGGAACCAGCAAUAAAGGACAAUGGAGGAGAAUACAUUCAAUCUAGCAACAGUGUUAAGAUUCCUGUUACUAUUAUCUCAGGAUAUUUAGGUGCAGGAAAAACUACUCUUCUUAAUUAUAUUUUGACUGAACAACAUAGCAAGAGAAUAGCAGUUAUUUUAAAUGAAUUUGGUGAAGGUAGUGCAUUGGAAAAAUCCUUGGCUAUAAGUCAAGGUGGAGAACUCUAUGAAGAAUGGCUGGAGCUCAGAAAUGGCUGUCUUUGCUGCUCAGUAAAGGACAAUGGUUUGAAAGCAAUUGAAAAUUUGAUGCAGAAGAAAGGGAAGUUUGAUUAUAUUUUGCUGGAAACAACAGGAUUGGCAGAUCCAGGUUCUGUGGCCUCCAUGUUUUGGAUUGAUGCUGAAUUAGGAAGUGACAUUUAUCUUGAUGGUAUUAUAUCUGUUGUUGAUGCAAAGCAUGGGCUACAGCACCUGAGAGAAGAAAAACCCAGUGACCUUAUUAACGAAGCUGCGAGGCAAGUUGCAUUAGCAGAUCUCAUCAUCAUCAACAAGACAGAUUUAGUUUCACAAGGUGAAUUGAUGAAACUAAGAACAGCUGUCAGAGCAAUAAAUGGAGUUGCCAAAAUUUUAGAAACUCAGCGAUCAAGAGUUGAUCUCUCUAAUGUGUUAGACCUGCAUGCUUUUGACAGUGUAUCAGGAAAAAGUUUGCAGCAAAAACUUCAGCUUGAAGAAGUACCUCAGCCACAUCUAGAUAAGAGUAUUGUUACAUCCACUUUCGAAGUGCUAGGAAAUACAACUGAAGAAGACCUAAAUGUGUUUAUUCAAAAUCUGUUGUGGGAGAAAAAUGUAAAAGACAAGAAAGGUAACCCCAUGGAAGUAAUAAGACUAAAGGGAUUGGUAUCCAUCAAAGAUAAAUCUCAUCAGGUGAUAGUUCAGGGUGUUCAUGAGCUCUAUGAUCUAGAGGAAACAACUGUGAGAUGGAAAGAGGAUGAACGAAUUAAUAGAUUGGUUUUAAUAGGUAGGAACCUGGAUAAAGAUAUCCUUAAAGAUGUCUUCGUAGGAAUUGUGACCAAAAGAGAGGAAAAUAGCUGAAGAAAACUGCAUUUCAAUCCUGCAUUUUUAGCAAUGGAUUAUUAAAAUAUUGUGGACCUGUUUUCAUUUUUUUUAAUAGUUGUUGUUUGUACAGCUAUUAAAUUUUGGGGGCUCUGCACUCUGCAGAUUUUAUUUUACUUUUUGAAAUAACCAGACUUUUAAGCACUGGAUUAUAAUUAAACAUAAUAUAAUUAAAUAAUCUAAUUGUAUGUUUAAAUGAGCAGAAUCUAAUUCAGUCCACCAAGUUAAUAAGAUCUUGGAUUGAUUAUCUUUCUUAGGUUAGUGACUAACAAUUAAGUCAUUAUAAGUUUUUUAAUGAAAAUAAUGCUAAAAAAGGGAAUUCAGUUAUCUGUUAGAAUUAAGUGUCUAGAAGCAUUCUGAAGAAAACUUUCUUAACCUGAGUCAACAUAAUAAAUUUAUGAUUCAGCUUGGCCUUCCCCAAACUUGGUAUGCUCCAAAUAUGUGGACUUCAGCUCCCAACAUUUUCACAAUUCUUCCAGAAUUCAAGCCAAUCCUCAGCUAGCAAAUUAAUUUUAGGAAGUUAAUCUGACCAAAGCUGGGGAAGCUGGUUCCAUUUAACAGACUUUAGAUGCAGCAGACCAUCUUUCUACCCAGACAUUUUCCUAAAGUAAGGAGAAAUUCAUUGCAUCCAAAUCAGUCUAGACAAGACAGUUAAGUUGAUAUUAACUGUAAAACUAAAACAAACAUUGCACGUAGAUACAGUGUUUUCAGGAAUAUACCCAUGCACAUACUUACCCUCACCCACUCGUUUUAAGUUUAUUCAUCCUGGAAAAGCGUAGAUGAUUUCCUUCAUUAUCAUAUCUUCCAAGAUUCCACUUUUGAGGAUCUGCAAUUCAGAUGUUAUGUGAUUGAUAUAAUGGAGCUUGGUUGAGACAGUUAAUAGUACUUUCAUAAAACCCAGUUCAUAAAGGGUUUUUUUGGGGGGGAGGGUCUCCUUUCUGGUAUUUUAGAAAAUACUUCUAACAAAUUCCCUUCCAAUCUAAUUUUUUAAGUUAAGUGCCUACAUCUCCUCUUGAGCCCUAUAAAACUGCUGCCCAUAUUUAAGUAUCAAGUUUGGGUUUAUCCAGAAUCAGCAAUUAAUUUCUAAUAAAAUAGAUUUGGGUAUAUCCUUGAAAUGUCACUUCCCCAGUCUUUGUUCAGAGAGGUGAGUUUUUUUAAAAAAAACAAGCCAACACACAUUAGUUAGGGGAAUGUAUCUGCACCUAUUAUCCUUCGUCUAGCCCAUGUUUGGUAAAGAGGUGCUGGGACUGAGCUCUUACAAGAAAUUAAACCUUGACCAGAACUCUCCAAUACAACCUUUUCCAAUUUGGGGUUCUCCAGGUGUGUUCAGCUGUAACACCCGUAAUUUCCAACCAAUUUAGCCAACAGAUAAUGGAAGUUGUUCAGCCCAUCAGAAGAAAGAUGAGGGAAGGGUGCUCUACUGAAUGCUGAAAAUUGCUUCUCUGGAGAAAGGAAGCCACAGCCCAAAUAUGAAUAGGUUUCUUUAGUUUUAACACAUUUAUUUUUAAAGAAUUAGGUUGCCUUAUCAAACAAAAUGGGGAUGACACAAUGUUAUUUUAAGAUAUGAGUAUGAGCCUGAAAAUAAAUUUGAACCCCUGGAAGAUAGAGAGCAUGGCUGGUUUUCGAUAGAGAGAUAAAGAUCUUGGCCAGUGAUUUUUUUUUUCUCCGAAGGCAAACUGCAGAAAAAAAUUUGUUUCUCACCAUUUUCCAUCACACUGUAAAUCCUGGUUUUUGCUCAGUUGCCAGACUGGGUAUGACAACUAGGGAUUGAACUGCCAUCCAAAGCACUAAAAGUUAAUCUUCCUGAAUCUCUAAGGCAACACUUGUUACUUCUUUGGAAGCUGUAGUUAGAAAGGUGAAUCGACCUCAGUAUCACUGCCUGUAGUAGAGCACUCCUUAUCGCCCUAAGAUAUCUGAUCUCAUGUAAAUCUUAAUAAAGAUUUCCAUCUACUU